AUGAGCUCCACCUCGUUGCAGAAUUCUGGAGCUGCUGUCAGCACUGAAAAUGAAAACCCUGAGACCACCUUGAACAACAGCAAUGCAUUGGACCAGCAGAGCCUGAGCCUUACUCAGAGUGACGACGAGUUAUCUCAGAUCUACCGGGACGCUGGUGAGGCCCUGACUUUAUCCAAAAGCCAGGACUUCAGUGAGGAUGACACUGUGAUCUCCAACAGCCAUCUCUCACUCCUCUUUGAGAGGGAGGUGCUACCUGACCUGUCCACUUCCCAGACCCAUAACUCCAUUGCCUGUCCCCAGGUAGCCACGGCCCCCGGGUCUCCCAACCCCCCGUCCAGCACUUCCCUGAUCGGCGCUGAGGAUGACAAUGACAGCUACAUGAGGUCGAUUACCAGUCUGGUGGGGGGUGGGGAAGGGCCCAUCAGUUCUCUGACUGACAUCUUGGUUUGGACAGAGACAGCCAUGGGCACUGCCACUGGGCUUCUGAACGCCAGCCACACAUCCAUGACCGACAUCCUUCACAGUCCGGGGACUGCCCUUCGCUCCAUAACCAGCCUGCUGGGUGAGGCCCACAAUGUUUUUGCCUCCGGGCUCUUCUCUGGAACUGGUAGCGUGUUUCGGAGGAUGAGUCAAUUCUUGGGAAACAUUGAAAGAAGAACCGUCGAGGGUAUCCGCUCUGUCUUCCGCUUUAUGGCCCACCACAUUUCUCCCCAUCGGAAUCAUGCUGACAAUAACUAA